AUGUUUGUUUUAAGUUUAUUUAAUAAAUGUUUGUCUACAUAUGUUUGUUUACGAAUGUUCAUGUUUAUUUGUUGUUUUAUUUAUGGAUGUUUGUUUUUGUCAUCUGAACAUGUUUCAUGUUUAUUUAAAUGUUUAUGUUCAUGUUUUUAUUUAAACUUGUGCAUGCCUAAUUAUAAAAUGUUUGUCUCGAGUUUCUUUAAAUGUUUGUUUCAAGUUUAUUUAAUAAAUGUUUGUUUCAACAUUAUUUAUUAAAUGUUUUGCUUCAACCAAAAUCUACUAAUUUUUAAUGAAACUUGUUUCAAUAACAUUUCCCCCAAAUUUCUUUUAAUUUUUCUCUAAAAAUUUUUUUAUUGAGUUUUCUACUUUGUACUCUUGAUUUAUUACCCAUUUAAUAAUUUGAUAAAAUUAGGGUUGGACUUAAAAAAAUAAAAAAAGAAUCAUAACACUCCCCAUCUUUUGUUGUUCAAAAACCGAAAAUUCUCUUUUCUUUCUCCUCUUUUUUUUUAUUUUUCUUUUAAAUUUAAAAGUAUCUCCCCCUUCCCUCUACUUAUGUUUUUGCCAAAUUUCUGCCUUAACAACUAGAUUAAAAGUGCAAAAAAUUGAAACACACAAAAAUUGUUUACACACUUCUCUCUGUUUUUAUAUUUUUUUUAUUUUUCUUCC